AAAUCUUGUAUAAAGUCUAAGAAAAAUUUUAAAAACAAUAGAUUUGUUAAAUCAAAUGAACCAGACUGUAUAACAAAAGUUUCUUUCAUAUCACGAAGAGAAAUGUCAAAUUUUGACAAAUGCAAAAUGGACGUUUUAUAUCAGAAUCAAUUCUUCUGAUUGGCUGUUGUUUGCAAUUUUUGUCCGGUCGCCAUCAUUAUCCUUUCGGUUGCUUUCAAGAAUACAAUACAACAGUUGAAUUGCUCGUAGCAUUUGAGUUUUGUCAAGUCUAAAUAUUCAAUGGAUUUUGUACUUAUUCAACAAUUAAAGUUUAUUUUGUAUUAUCUUGCGAUUUGCAACGGAAUAAACACAAGAUAAUAAUAAUUACAGGAAUAUAAUAUCAUAGAUAUAACAUAUAACUGAAUGUAGAAAUUAUAGGUUAAUUCUAGAUAUAACGCAUCGACAAUUUUACCACGCGCUACGAUUCUUCAAUUAUUAUUGUAAUCAUUGACCGAUAUCAUGUCGAAGAUAACGGGCUAUGACACGCACGAUGAUGGACCAGGAUUCGUGGGUAUUAGAUUUUGCCAGGAGUGUAACAAUAUGUUGUAUCCUAAAGAGGACAAAGAAAACAAAGUGCUCAUGUAUGCAUGCAGAAAUUGUGAUUUUAAGCAGCUGGCGGACAGCAAUUGUAUCUAUGUGAACAAGAUCAUGCACGAAAUAGAUGAAUUGACACACAUUGUUGCUGAUGUAAUAUCAGAUCCUACAUUGCCAAGAACCGAAGAACAUCCAUGCCCAAAGUGCAAUCACAGAGAAGCUGUAUUUUUCCAGGCACAAACUAGACGAGCUGAAGAGGAAAUGAGAUUGUAUUAUGUGUGUACGAAUCAACAUUGCUCCCACAGAUGGACAGAAUAAAUAAUAUAUACAUAUAUUCAACCAUCCGCUGUACAUCUCCCCUAUUUAUAUAAAUAUAACUUAAUUAUAUUAAAUCUAUAAAUCGCAUAAAAAGUUGUAUGUAAAAACGAUAAAAUGCAUUGUAACAGUGUAUAUAAUAAAAUU